AUGAAAACAUUUCCUUGCAACUUGCUUACCGUUCGUGUAAUACGACUAAGGAAUCUCCGCCAGGCUGAUGUCCUAAGCAACUCUGAUUGUUAUGUGACCCUUUGCCUACCGACUGCAACAACUGAGAAGCUGAAGACUAAAACUGUAAAUAAUUGCAAGAACCCUGUUUGGAAUGAAACCUUUUACUAUAGAAUUCAAAGACAAGUCAAGAAUGUGCUAGAGUUCUUUGUGUAUGACUCAGAUGCUGUUACUGAAGAUGAUCACCUUUUCACUAUCAAUUUCGAUGUAGCUCGUCUUCCUGAUAAUGAGAAAGUUCUCAUGACUUUUAAAUGUGAUCCAGAGACACAAGAAGAGCUGGAAGUUGAAUUUAUAGUGGAACCUGCGUGUGGUCCUCCGGAAACACUAAUUACAAAUGGAGUUCUAGUGUGUCGUGAAAUUUGUACACUGGAAGCUGAGGUGGAUCAAAGCAAGCGACAUAAAUCUCAGAAAGACCUUUCACUUUCUAUAAAAGGAUCAUGUGAAGGGACACAAACUUUUAAGUUGGGUUCAGAUGCAGUUCUCACACCUCCAAGUCCCACUACGUUCCAUUAUAUCAAGUACAAGGACCCAUCAUUGAAUGUUAAACUACCAAAGACAAAGCCACGUUAUAACCCGCGUUCCUGUUCUUGUUCCACGAAGGAAGAUGUUCCAAUUGUGAAGCUGAAUUCCCUGCCUAUGGGAGAGAAAGUGCCAAUAGUGGAAGAAAAAAAGUACAAUUUGCACGUAAAAGUGAAUGAUUGUAAUUGUUCCAGCCCAGGAGACUUAGAUGUUCGCUUGGGAUAUGAUCUGUGUUCACAAGAGCAAGAGUUCUUGUGUAAGCGAAAAAGAAUAGUUGCUCAAGCUUUGAAGCAGGUUCUCCAGCUAGAUUAUGAUUUGCAAGAUCACGAGGUUCCUGUGGUGGCAAUCAUGACAACUGGAGGUGGGACAAGGUCAUACACAACAACAUUUGGCUCUAUGAGAGCACUCAAAAAGCUGAAUCUUAUGGACUGUGUAACAUACAUGUCUGGCUUGUCUGGAACUUCAUGGGCCAUGGCACAUCUAUACAGGGAUGCUUACUGGUCCCAGAACGAUCUACAUGAAAAAAUACAGGAGGCUAAGAAACAAGUGACUAAAAGCAAGUUGGAAAUGUUCACCGCGAACCGUAUGAAGUACUACUAUCAACAGUUGACUCAAAGGAAACAGGAGGGCUACCCGAUAACUUUUAUAGAUCUCUGGGGACUCAUCAUAGAGUAUUUGCUAAAUGAUGGGAAAGAUAAUCACAGGCUUUCAGAGCAGAAAGAAUCUUUGAUAAAUGGACAAAACCCCCUGCCCAUCUACGUUACUAUUAACAUCAAGGACAAGUAUAGCACUCAAGACUUCAAAGAAUGGCUAGAAUUUACACCCUAUGAGGUGGGAUUUCUGAAGUAUGGAGCAUUUGUGCAUCCUGAGGACUUUGGAAGUGAAUUUUUCAUGGGCCACCUGAUAAAGAAGCUUCCAGAAACCCGGAUGUGCUAUCUUCAUGGUAUGUGGAGUAGCAUAUUUUCACUCAACUUGUUGUAUAUUUGGAAUAGAGUUAACAGUUCAGAAGAAUUCUGGCAUCAAUGGACUCACGACAAAUUUAUAGAUAUUGAUGAAGACCCACACUUACCUACAAAACCUUAUGAGCUAAAAAGCCGCAUGUUUGUUCCACCUGGAAGUCUAGCCACGAAACUUCGUGGGAUUUUAACAGAUCGCCUAGCUGUUGCACAGUAUCACAAUUUUCUGAAGGGUUUCCAGAUGCAUGACUGCUACAUGGAGAAUACGCAUUUUCAUAGAUGGAAAGCUACUACAUUGGAUUGUUGUCCCAAUCAGCUAACAGAAUAUGAUGAUCACCUCGGCCUGGUCGAUGCUGGAUUUUUCAUCAAUACAAGUUGCCCACCACUCUUAAGGCUAGAGAGGAAAGUGGAUGUCAUCCUGCAUUUGAGCUACAGUGCAGGUUCACAAACAUUGCCUCUAGAAGAUGCUUGCAAGUACUACAAAGAACAAGGGAUCCCUUUUCCAAAUGUUGUCUUAACAGAUGAAGACAGGAAACACCUGAAAGAAUGCUACUAUUUCAAUCAGUCAGAGGGAUCUGGUUGCCCUAUCUUGGUUUUCUUUCCAUUAGUGAAUGAUACUUUCCAAUAUUAUAGUGCACCUGGUGAGAGGCGCUCCGAAGCUGAUAUGGCUGGUGGCAACAUUGACGUUUCCACUUGCAAAACCCCAUAUUCCACUUACUGCCUGAAAUAUUCAGAUGAGGAUUUUGACAAGCUUGUGAACCUAAGUGAAUACAACAUCCUGAAUAACCAGCACCUGAUUUUUCAAGCUUUGCAUGCAGCGAUAGAACGGAAGAGAAAGUGGAAAAAAGAAGCAAGUAGA